AUGCUGACCUUUUUGUUGAGCAUCCUGUACCUGUCUUCAGGGUUAUUGGUAACAGCUCAGUUUGGAGGAGACUUCUCACCCAGGAUGAAUCAAGUUUCCCUGACUCCCUCCCACAUAAUAAAUCGCAAUGUGGGUCUGAAAGUUGAAGGCUCAAGCUUCACACUAGAUGGCUUUCCUUUCCUGAUCAUAGCAGGUACUAUUCACUAUUUCCGGGUGCCCAGGGAGUAUUGGAGGGACCGCUUGCUGAAGCUGAAGGCCUGUGGCUUCAACACUGUGACCACGCAUAUUCCCUGGAACCUUCACGAGCCAAGAAAAGGCUGGUUUUAUCUUACUGCAAACCUGGAUUUCAUGACUUUUAUAGCCAUGGCUUCGGAGGCAGAGCUGUGGGUAAUUCUAUGUCCAGGCCCUUAUAUCGGUAGCGACUUAGACCUUGGAGGCUUACCCAGCUGGUUACUCCGGGAUCCAAAAAUGAAACUGCGAACAACUUACAGGGGCUUCACUAAAGCAGUGAAUCACUAUUUUGAUAAGAUAAUUCCCAUGGUAGUACAACUCCAGUAUGGAAAGGGAGGCCCCAUCAUUGCUGUGCAGGUUGAGAAUGAAUAUGGUUCAUAUCAUCGGGAUAAUCGUUACAUGUCGUAUAUUAAAAAGGCUCUGAUCACAAGAGGAAUCAAGGUGCUGCUUAUGACCGCUGAUAAUGGAGAUGAACUGACAAGAGGCCACUUAAAACGGGUACUUUCCACUGUCCACAUGAAAAAUAUAAAGAAAGAAACUUAUGAUACACUCUUAUCAAUUCAGCCCAUCAGCUCUGUCAAGCCGAUCUGCAUGGAGGAGCUAUCUGUGAACCAGGGGAAUGGUCAGUCUUAUGGAUACAUACUUUAUGAGACUGUGAUCACCACCAGUGGCCUCCUUACCACAAAGAAUCAUGUUCAAGACCGAGGUCAGGUGUUUUUGGAUGAGAACUUUUUAGGCAUCUUCGAUCGUUCCACUGAUCAGCUGACUAUUCCCAGGAAAAUGGUCUACAACGAUAACCCAACACUGAGGAUCCUGGUGGAGAAUCAAGGCCGCCUUGCCUAUGGUCAGGACAUCAAUAAGGAGAGAAAAGGUUUAAUUGGGGAUAUCUACCUGAACAAAUCUCCUUUAAGAAAUUUUAAAAUCCAUAGCUUGGAUAUGAAAACUAAAUUUAUACAAAGGGACCUUCCUAACAUCUGGAAACCAGCUGUAUUCAAACAUCGGGGCCCUGCCUUCUUCCUUGGUAUCCUGAGAAUAGGUAAUGACCCCAGAGACACCUUCAUAAAAAUGGAGGGCUGGACAAAAGGUGUAAUAUUCAUCAAUGGAAAGAAUCUGGGACGCUACUGGAAUAUAGGUCCCCAGGAGACCUUUUACCUUCCAGGACCCUGGCUUCGUCCUGGAUCAAAUGAGAUCAUUGUGUUUGAGGAGUUUAAACCUGGCCUGGAAAUCCACUUCACAAACAUAUCUCGUCUAGGAUAUUGAAUCUUGAGUGUUGUGACAUAAUAUAUGAAAUUGAUUGAGAUGAAUCACUUCAGCAGUGGGGCUGUGAGUAACCUACCCAUCCUGAUAACUCCAUUGCUGAAACUACCCUGGCUUCUCCACUCAACCAAUCCCUGCUUUGGGCCUACCAUCCUCUUCCUAAUUUGCCAGUACGUUCCUCUUUUGGCAUAGGUUAGCUAACCUUUUUCUGAUGCUCAUUACAAAAUAGACCUACUUAGUGCAUACCCUUUAUCAUACUGCUACAAUAAAGGCUGUUUGACCACCAAAUAAAAUGCUGAAAAAAUGAGAUGCUCAGAAUACUUGACCGCACAAAUGUAAAUUUGAAGCAAAAGUGAUCUUUUGAAGAAAUCGAAUAA